CAAAAUUGUGCUUCAUAUGCCUCUCUUCAUGAUUCUCUAUUUCACCACGUAAAUUGGCACGUGUUCUAUUUUGGUUUCCUGAAUUUGCUGCUGCCUGCAUCAGCUGACUGAACCAUCCCACAGGGUUUAAAGAACAGGAUAUUUCAGUCAUGGCCAAGAGUCUCCAACAUCGUGGCUGCCUCAGUCCAGAGGGGAUAAUCAGAGAGAUUCAGAUCAACCUACUGGAGUGCAAAGUCUGCUUCGAGACGUUUAGCUCUCAGCAAAGGGAGCGCAGACCACAGAACCUUUCCUGUGGCCAUGUACUCUGUCUGGAAUGCAUCACAGCUUUGUCCCACCCUCUCCUGAGGAAGCUGGAGUGCCCUUUCUGUCGACAGUUAUGCAGUGUUGACAGCACCUCCCACUGCCAGGUUCUUAGUGACCUAAAGGAUCUUCUGUUGUCUCAAAGUCCUUCACCGUCUGCUCCUCCGUGUAGAGCAAAAGCUGGUUUUAUCUUUCCCACAGCUCUGACGUGCACAACUCUUCUCCUGCGUACUGCAUUUGGUGGGUGGGGGACUCUUAUCAACCCAACUGGAAUAGCUGUUUUGGGGUCCUCAGGAACAAUAGUUGUGGUCCAUGAUGGAGAGAAGAGAGUGGUAGUGUUCAAUCUACAGGGAAAGAAGCUGCACAGCUUUGGGCAAAAAGGAGCAGCCAGUGGGGAGAUCUGUUACCCAGUGGACGUGGCAGUGACCCCAGCUGGUCAUGUGGUUGUGACUGAUGCGGGUGAUAAAGCUGUAAAAGUGUUCACGUCCAGGGGGAAUCACGUGUUGACAAUCAAAGAUUCCUUCCAGAUGCCCUGGGCCGUGGACACUGACAGCUGUGGACACAUCCUGGUCUCUGAUGUUGAGGCCGGCACCCUCUCCAAGGUGAGGGUGGACUAUAGUCACGGCGUCAUUCUGGAGCAUCAAACAACCAUUUCAGACCUUCAGUGCCCUAAAGCGGUGGCCUACUGUUGCGUGAAUGGGAACACUGCAGUGACGGAGCAUCUAUCUGAUGUCACCAAUCCAACGGAGAGACACCAACACAGAAGGAUCAGGGUGUUUACAAAAGAGUUCCACCUCCUUUACCAGACAGACACUUUCAGCCUGACCCUGCAGUCCACAGUGAGGCUCAGCUUCUCAGGUGUGGCGUUCGACAGAGAUGGAGAUUUAAUUGUGAUUGACUCAGACCAGGGGAUGAUUUGGAGCUUAGGGAAGCUCCAGAGUGGCCCAGUCCUUACUCCUCUUGUGGGAGACCAUCUUGUUCGCCCCGUUGGAUUAGCGCUACUGAACAACCUUCUCAUCACACUGGACAGUGGCGACCAUACAGUGAAGAUUUAUUCUCCCAGAUCUGAUGCUGGACCCGUGACAUAGUUUAUGUAUGAACAAUCCCAAAGUAGCUGUUCAAGUGAGACGAAUUAAAUAAAGUGAAGUGAAACGCAGCUUAGCACAGGAUGAAGUGAUGAUAGGUUGUAUUACAUUUUUUUGUUUGAGUUGCCUUCUGUGACUAGUUUUGAAAAUACAAGUUUUACUUUAGAUAGAGAGUAAAAUGUCAUUGUGUUACUUUGAAAGUGUCAAAAUGAAAAAAAAAAGGUUGUAUAUGGUGAAACCAUUUUCAGCAGGACGUCAGGAAUGAAAUUAUGUCUGUUAUUGUGUUAAUAUUGUAGCAGUUGUUGAAAAUGAUGUUGUAUUAUUUAAUGACGGUGUAAUAUAGCAAUGUGAUGAUUCUCAGUCUCUGAACUGAUCCAAGGCUUUUGAAAAAUGAGGCCAAAUGAAACUAUCUGAGAAAAAAAAGGUCCAGCUGCUAACAGCAGACAGUGAGGACAUACAUAGAUGAAGGUGUUGUAGGAUUACAAGUAACCAAGUUUAAACGUUAUAUGCCACAACUACAGAUUAGGGAUGCAACGAUACCAAUU